UCUCUCUCUCUCUCUCUCUCUCUCUCUCUCUGAUGCUUCUACUCCUCUAGAGCAAACCCUAGGCUCCCUAAAAGCAUCGCACCUACCCAAAUUGGUCUAAACCCUUCUCAAUCUCUCCUCUCCAAUCAGAAUUCACAUAGUCUUCUUCUCGAUUUCAAAUCCUCCUCACUUCGAUCUGCCAUGGAUGCUCAGCGAGCUCUGCUGGACGAGCUUAUGGGCGCAGCUCGGAAUUUGACGGAGGAAGAGAGGAAAGGGUAUAAGGAGGUCACUUGGGACUCCAAGGAGGUUUGCGGAGCUUAUAUGGUUCGAUUUUGCCCUCAUGAUCUCUUUGUCAACACCCGAAGCGAUCUAGGGCCGUGUCCUAAAAUACAUGACUCCAAGUUGAAAGAGAGUUUUGAGAAGUCUCCAAGGCAUGAUGCAUAUGUGCCGAGGUUUGAAGCUGAUCUUGCUCAGUUUUGUGACAAAUUGGUGAUGGAUUUGGACAGAAGAGUUAAGCGUGGGCGAGAACGCCUCUCUCAGGAGGUGGAACCUCCACCACCACCACCUCUGUCAGCUGAAAAGGCCGAACAGUUAUCUGUUCUAGAGGAAAAAAUAAAGAACUUAUUGGAACAAGUGGAGGAACUUGGAGCAUCUGGGAAGGUGGAUGAAGCUGAAGCAUUGAUGAGAAAGGUGGAUGUGCUUAAUGUUGAGAAGACAGUCUUGGCUCUACAGCCUCCAAAUGCUCAAGCAUUAAUGGUUCCACAGGAGAAAAAAAUGGCACUCUGUGAGAUCUGUGGUUCAUUUCUUGUGGCCAAUGAUGCUUUAGAGAGGACUCAGUCUCAUGUCACUGGGAAGCAGCAUAUUGGUUAUGGCAUGGUCCGGGAUUUUAUUUCAGAGUACAAGGCAGCGAAGGAGAAAGCAAGGGAAGAAGAAAAGUUAGCUAGGGAGAAAGAAGCAGAAGAACGCAGGAAACAGCAGGAGAAGGAAAGUGAGAGUAGAAGGAGAAGUGGUUCAAGUGAUAGGGACAGGUAUCGUGAUCAUGACAGAUAUCGAGAACGUGACUUGGAUCGUGAAAGGUCCAGAGAGUGGAAUGGUAGAGGUGGUCAGGAUGGUGGAAGAGGGGUGGAUUGGAGGUCCAGGAAUGGGAGAGAUGGAGGCAGGGAUAGGUACCGUAAUCGAAGCAGGUCACGUUCCCCUAUUAGACGUUCCCACAGGAGGUCACCAAGGAGUCCAGUUCGCCCGUAUUAAUGAGUUGUGUAGAUAGAUGUCUGAGCUUUGAAAUUUAUUGAGCUUUUGUUGAGACUAUAUCAACUCCAUUUCAUCAAUAUUAUUAGCGCAGAAAAGGGUUGAGGUAGGUAAUAUUUACUAUUGUAACUCAUUUAUAAUUUAUUUGAAUUGGGAUGAGAUAAUUUUUCUUGUUUCUGUAUGAAAUUUAUCAAGGAAUUGUUUUCAGAGUCUCGUAUCCAUUUUUGAUGGGUAAGUUGUUGUUGGCUACUUCUUUGUUAUCACAUACUUAAGACUUCAGACCCAAAUUGUAUGCAUGAUUGACACGGCAGCUGGGAGAGGAAAUGCUAUUUAAUCAUUGAUGAGGUAACAUAUAUACAUAUAUCCUAUAUUUUCUUCCUCAAGAAAACUUAGCUGAUUUCCUCCCUCUUCUUUCUGGUAUUGAGUUUUAACCACUUUAUUGCAAAUUGCAAAUUGCAAAUGCUGCUCAUGUGGUAUAUGGUUUAACUGGGACGGAUACGGAAGAUGCCAAUCAUACAAUGUGAUGCUUUGCUACCUCUUUUUAAGGUAUUUAGGGAUUCUUUAUACAUGCUAUAGAAAAAAUUGGUUUGGUUUUGUCUGGUUUAGUCCUCCUAGCUUUCCAAUUUUCAAAACUCACUUUGUCCUCUCAUCACCACCUCUUAGGACAUGGAAAUCUAAUCAUGAAGCGGGUGCUGGUUCAAGCAUUCGUUUUCAGUCCUAGACAGUUGGAUGAAUAGACCAACGACAAAAUGAAUGGUAAAUAUGUGAAUUACAUUAUCAUGUGAAUUAGGUAGCUUUGGAGUUCAAGUUCUGGAUCACAAUUCUGUCUAUCUGGUGGGACUUUCUCAAGGCCUUUUGAUAGUGGAUGUAAAAUGGUAUCGGUGAAUGGAGGUAACUGCCAGUUAUAGUGUGCAGAAUGAAUACUGUAUUGCUUUUCUAUAGUUCUCAUAGCAAGGAAAUGUUUGUGCAGGGUAAAAUGAGUCGCCUAAUGCAAUUGAAAUUUCACUGG